UUUGGAAUUGCUUUUGAAGAAGAUAAUAUAGAAAAACUAAAAGGCAAACUUAAUAGAGAUUCGAGCUCCCUCUAUAAACGUUUAUAUUCCGACGUGGUUAAGAAACCUGUUGAAGAAUUAUCCUGGAAGGAUCCUUUGGCAAGCCAAGUUAUUAGCGAUGAAUCAGAUAUAGUGAAGAAUCUUCCUAUGGAUAUCAAAAAAGGAUUUAAUAAAAUUUCUCGCAAUAUGGUACCAGCGCAAAGGCCAAUAGUUCAGGAGCUAUGUAGAGAGUUUAUAGAAGAUUUUAGAAGAAAUAUUGAUCGUUCUAAAAAUAUUUGGAAUAACCCGGCAUUCAAGCCUGAAGUCGCAAAAACAUUAAAUGAAGGAACUACAUCAGAAAAACAAAGUAUUGCUAGUGCAAAUCGAAAAGGGGAGGGGGGUAGGGGAAGGCGCCCAGAUAUUAUGUUUCUAGGAGAUUACCUUGAAACGACAUUCGAACUUAUGUAUGCCGAAUUCUCCCGCCUAUUCUGUAGUCCACAAAAAAAGACAGAUGAUGAAAUAAAAUUAUGGCGGGAGGUAAAUGAUGGCCUUUAUUGGGUACGCCAAAGCCUCAAUCCGGAUAAAGAACAGUUUGGUAUUGUAGGUAUUCAAGUAGCGGGGAAUAUAUUUCACUUGAAUGUUCUUGUUCGAGAUAAAGUUAAUGUACAUAGAUACUAUCAUCUCCAACCCGUUGAAAUUCCUGUACAAUGUUCAGCUGAAGGAGUUGUAUCUAGAUUUAUAGAAACUUUAUUAGUUUUGCGCAAUAUUUUAAUUACUAACUUAUCUUUAUUAUAUCAUGCACCGGUACCUAAAUCAGAACGGCAAAAAGAAGACUUUUCAACUUCUAAAAUUGUUUUAUUAGAAGAACAGAAUUUCAAGCUUGUAUCCAAGAUUACUGAAUUUAGAGAGAAGAAUGUUAUACUCUUGAUUAUUAAUAUCAAGGUUAAAGCUAAAAAUGUAAAAUUGAAGCAAGUUUUAAAAAAGUAUGAAGUGAGAUUUGUAAAUCUGAAACAGAAAGAUAAAGAAAAGAUUAGUCUUAUUGCCAAAUUAGAUAAUGAUAUAAAUGAAAUCAAACAAUCUUCAGCUAAUACUAAUGUUUCUUCUAAAAUAAAUCCAAAUAACACUCCUAAACAGAUGCUUCAAAAUGACUUAUCUUCAUCUAAAAAUUCAGAAAAUAUAUUUAAUAACAUAUUCAAUUCUAACACAUAUCAACCUAUCUGUACAAAACCUAACUUGUUAGAAAAUAAAGAGCUUACAGAUUUCUUGACUCAUUAA